GAUCCGCUCGGCGAAAGGGAUAGCCGCGAGGGGGUAGUGAAUGUCGUCGGUGAAUCGGGCCGAUUGAAGGGUAAGAUUAAGAUUUUCGACGACGAUGCGCGCGGACCGAUCGGCCAAGUGCAGAUAGGACCCUCGCAGCUGGAUACGAGGCAUGUCGCGCGACAACUUUCACCCGUCGACCCGUUGUUGACGAAGCGAGGGCGGCGUAGCAAAAAGGCGAGACGAGAGGAAACGAUCAUCCGUGUGCGCGAGAUUCCUCCGCUUUUCCACAAGAGCGUCGCUCGAGAGCGAGAUCUCGCGAGAGAGCGGGACUGCGAAUUUUUUCUCGCGCGAAACGCGCACGCAUCGCGUCCGCAUGCGUGAUAAUUGUCUCUCCUUUCCCGACGAGCCGAUCGAAAUAUAUUGUCCGACCGGAGAGCACUCUCGGGGUACUCGGCGAAGAAAGGGAAGUUGCUGUAAUGGCCGCCGUGUCAUGAAAUGAAGGUGCCCAGCCAGUUUUGUGGUGCCACAAUGGAGGAUAGCUGUAGCCCCGCGUCCCAAAAUCAUAACGGCCAGCUGGCCGGCGGCGCGAAUGUCUCCAUCGCCAACAAUAAGCACCAGGGCGGCAGCGACAAUGGCAGCAACGGCGAUGCCAAGGACCAGCGACCGCAGUACUCGAUGCCUGGUAUUCUGCACUUUAUUCAACACGAGUGGGCCCGCUUCGAGCUCGAGAGGUCCCAAUGGGAGCUGGACAGAGCGGAAUUUCAGGCUAGGAUAGCUUUCCUUCAAGGUGAAAGGAAAGGACAAGAAAAUUUGAAGAAUGAUCUUGUGAGGAGAAUAAAAAUGUUAGAAUAUGCGCUUAAGCAAGAAAGAGCAAGGUAUCACAAACUAAAAUAUGGUACCGACUUAAUAAUGCAAGGAGAUAUCAAACCACCUCUUUAUGAAGAAGAUACUACGUGCAAUAUCUCUGAAAGUGGUGGUGGUGUUGGAGGUAGUGCUGGUAGUGGCGGUGGCAGCGGAGGAGGAGGUGGAGAUGGAGAAGCUUCAUUCACAUCUGUCAGUAAUGUUAGUUGGAGACAAGGUCGUCAACUUCUAAGGCAAUAUUUACAAGAGAUUGGAUAUACUGAUACAAUAAUAGAUGUACGGUCAAACAGAGUAAGAUCAUUGCUCGGUUUAAACAAUAACACAGACACAGAGGAAAUGAAUACUCCAGCAUUAAAUGGAAAUGAAGGAGUACAAGAUAAACAAGAAUAUAAUGAAAGUCUUGUACGUCGGGGAAAGCAACAGCAUCCUCCAAAAAAGCAACAGCCAUCUUCUAUAGCAGAAGCAAUGAUAUUAGACACAGAAGCAGCUGUUAUAGCAAAUUUUGAAUUCUUGGGUCACACAGAUAUGGAUAUGGAAGAAGAAGAAGGAGAUGUGGAAGAUGAAAUUUAUGAUGCAAAUACAGAUACCAAACCAAAUAAAACAUCUAUGCCCCUGCUAGGAGAAGAUGUUGACACAGAUGCAGAAGCAGAAGAGGUAUUAAACGAAUUAAAUCUCCUCACAGAAAUUGAAGAAUCACCACCUGGUUCUAUUUAUCUGGAAAAGAAUUCUCAUUCAAAAUGGAAUGCAAUAGACAUGCAUAGAGAAUUGCAAUUAGAUCCAAGACACUCAAAUAAAGAAGGUGAUUCCACAUUGGAAUUAGGAGAAUUAGAGCAAUUAUGUGUUAAUAAUGAUGCGGAAAUAUCAUACGAUAUAGUUUCCACCACAAAAGAAACCUUCAGAAAAACGUGGAAUGCAAAAUAUACAUUACGAUCGCAUUUCGAUGCUGUUAGGGCACUUGUCUUCCAUCCCACAGAUCCAGUUCUUAUCACUGCAAGUGAUGAUCACACGUUGAAAUUGUGGAAUCUUCAUAAGACUGUUCCAGCAAAGAAGUCAGCUUCAUUAGAUGUAGAACCACUAUACACGUUCAGAUCACAUACUGGACCUGUAUUGUGUCUAGCCAUGUGCAGUGCGGGCAAUCGAUGUUACAGUGGUGGCUUAGAUGGCAAUAUCCAUUGUUGGACACUUCCAUCAGCUAACAUUGAUCCGUACGAUUCGUACGAACCAAGUGUCCUUAGUCACACAUUAACAGGACACACAAAUGCCGUUUGGGGUUUGAGUAUGUAUCAUCUGCGUGCUACCAUGCUAUCGUUCAGCGCAGACGGAACUGUAAAAUUAUGGGCUCCACAGGCCACACAACCUCUUCUCAAUACAUAUGUCUCGGAACAAGACGGCAUACCAACUUCAGUAGACUUUAUCAGGGACGAGCCGCACAAGCUGGUCGUAGCUUAUGAAGGAGCUUGCGUGGUAUUUGAUACUGAAACUGGCGCAAUCGUUGCGCGACUCGAGGCGAACGAAACGAAAGGCGUAAAUCGCGUUGUAGCUCAUCCAACAUUACCACUUGUUGUGGCCGCGCAUGAAGAUCGGCAUAUUCGAUUUUACGAUCACCGAUCAGCUACUCUUGCUCACGCGAUGGUAGCACACUUGGACGCAGUUACUAGUCUCGCUGUAGAUCCUCAUGGUCUAUACUUACUUUCAGGAAGUCAUGAUUGCAGUAUAAGAUUAUGGAAUAUGGACAACAAGACUUGUGUUCAGGAGAUAACAGCACAUCGGAAGAAAUUUGACGAAAGUAUUUUGGACGUAGCGUUUCACCCAUCAAGACCAUUUAUAGCAAGCGCUGGUGCCGACGCUCUCGCCAAAGUGUUUGUGUGAAAUGUGUAAAUC